AUCAAUACCGGAGCCUCCUAUACUGAGGAAUCUCCUCCCUCCUCUCUCUCUUUUUCAGUUUUUUUUUCUCUCUCUACUUUUUUUCCCCAAUUUUACUUUCUAGAAAAUUCAUUCAAUUCUGAAACAGUAAUGGCGUCUUCCAGAAGUAGAUCCAAUAGUGGAGUAAAAAACGGAUUUGAAAGCUCAAUAUCAUCUUCAGGAAGAUGUUAUGGUUCAUCGUUUACGAAUUCGUCAUCGGUUAAUUCAAGCUUUUCGUCUGGUUUCGCAUCGUCUAGUUCGAGUUUCACAUCUCGAUCUAGUAGUUUUUUCCAGAGAUCAGCUUCACCAACUCGUGUGAAUUUAUAUGGAUCUGUACAAGGAUCUCCAUCUGUUCGUUUCUCAAUGGCGGAUCGUCCGAUUUCACCGAGUCGAUCAAUUACAGCUUCCACUCGUGAUCAGGUGGUGAAAACAACAAGUAAUCGAUUAAACGUUCCGUCGUCAACAAAGAGGACGUGUAUGUGUUCGCCAACAACUCAUCCAGGUUCAUUUCGUUGUAGUUUACAUAAGAAUAGUCAUAGUUCGUCAUCAGUUUCGUUUCCGUCAAAUCGAUUGAAUGCUAGAAGAUCAGCUAUGACUAAUUCGCUUGUGAGGAUUGGUACUGUUGAAGGUGAUUUGGUUAAACGUGCUUUAGCUGCUUUGAUUCGUCCAUCAUCACAUCAACAGAGAAGAAGAGCGUCAUUUCAACCUAGGCAGAGCAGGCUUUCAAUCAUGUCUAAAGCUGUUGAUGACAUCUGAGUCGAGUUUUCCUGGUUUACAAAAGGUUUUCCGGACUGUUUUCUGUGAUUGAUUCCCAAAUUUGGGACUCCGUCGUAUUGCCGUGUUCCGUCGUAUGGUGUUCACUGUGUUGUCGUGUUCCGUCGUAUGGUUGCCCGUGUAUCGUGUAUCGUAUCCGUAUACUUUGGUCCCGUAUUUUGAGGUGUCAUUUGGGUGGCAUUUUGACUCACGGGGAAGGUUACUUACAAGAAGUUACCUUGAGAUUUGGAACAUUAUUAUGGACUAAUAAGAAAACUGGGGACAAUUUAACUUAAAAUACAAAUUGAACUAAAAAUAAUUCACUGAUCAGGACAUUAAAGGACUCAUAUAAUGCUCCCCCAUGGUUCUAGUAGAGGGAACCAUUACAGCGAAUAUAUAUCAUGCAGAAAUUUCGAGGCAAGGACUUUAUUACUGAGGAUCGUGAAAUAUUAAAAGCUGAAGUUGUGGUUGAAUAAUUGCCAUUUACACUCACACCAAGUAUCUUGCAGUGAUUUAAGGAAAAAAGAGGCCAUUUCCCUAUUUAAGGACAUUUUGAAAUAUUCAAGUUUUGAGCCAUUUAAGGGCAUUUGGAAAUAUUCAAAUGCGAGUAAUUGGCACGAAAAAUCAACGGAGAAUCUUGAAAUAAGCAAGCUUGUAGGUGAACAUUCCUAAUAGCAUGAUGCAAGACAACUGGGAAAAAAGUCAAGGUCCAUCUUUUGCAAGGGUUGAAGUAGAUGAAGUUGAAUUGACUUUAAAGAUUGGAAUUGGAAUUUUUUCAAAUUUGCGGAACAAGGCAAACGAAAGAUGAUAUUUUGUGCAAGUGGUAGUAGAGAAUCUAGAGAUUUGUUAUAGAAGAAGAUUAAAACCCAAGGUAGGAGGGGACAGUGGGGUUAACACAAUAUAGUAGUAAUUGUUUUUAUUUUUCAUUCUUUUUUGUGAAUUUAAAAAAUUAGAAAAAAAUUAUUGCA